AAUCAUUUCCACCAAUCGUAGCGCUUUUUGAUUUCAGCUCAGCCAAUGGGAGGGUAGGAAGAUCUCAAUGUGUCAGUGGGUGUGAUCUCUGAGGAGGAAGCGUCAGCGAACAAUAUAACAAAGUUUUAAGAGAAUGGCGGACAAGACUGUGGAUCGUGGGCCAUGGACAGGAUGUGCAGUUAUGUUUCUGCAGUCGCUCUGUCCCAAUGUGAACCUACUCUCUCUCUACAAAGACCAACGGGGACAGUUCAUCGUUUUCAAAAUCAUCAAGCUCACACUCUCAGAUUCUGCAGGAGGUCUGGGUGGUUAUGAGAUACUGAAGGUCCAUGAUGCUGAUCCCUUCCUGGGGGUGGAGGUGAAGUUUGUGGAUGUGGCAGCAUGUCAGCAGUUCCUGGAGAGCUACAGCUCUGGAGCAGUGCGUCAGUCUGUCUCCCUGCAUGCCUCCCGGCUUCUUGCUCUGCCCCAGGAUUUCACCGUGGAAACCCAGCUCAAGGCCAGCACACACAUCCUGGAUCUCUAUCUGGAUAAGCUGGAACUUUGCUUGCAGCAUAUCCACCUUUCACAGCCGGAGCGCCUGCGCGAUGAAGAGAUCGAUCGUCUGGAGCAGCAGCUGCAGAGUCAGGCCCUCGGCCCUGUCCCACAGUCCACCGUCAUCACACCGGAAGAGCCUCCUGUUCCCAGCAACUGCUUCAAGUUUCAGAAUAAAGUGUUUGAGGACCGAAUGCUGACAGCGGGAGAUGUGCAGAACUUUUCUAACGGAGUGGGUCGUCAGUGGAAACAUGUAGGGAGGGCCCUGGGGAAGAGCUGCCGCGCUCUGAAGGGUCCGGCCAUAGACAACCUGGCCUAUGAGUACGAGAGAGAAGGGCUGUAUGAGCAAGCCUAUCAGCUGCUCAGCCGCUUCAUCCAGGCGGAGGGGAGAGCAGCCAAGCUGAGCCGGCUGGUCAAAGCACUGGAGGACUGCAAACUCACCAGCCUGGCUGAAAAUAUUCUGGACAUACAGCCACGAGAGUAACACAACUGUGCUUUUGUUCUGUGUGUAUGAGUCUUGAAAACUGGGUGGGACAGGUCCUUCCUGCAUGAGGAGUGGUUGACUUUGUCCCGCCUGCUUUUAUAUACAGUAUGUUUGUUCUUGAUUGACAUCUGCCAUCCUCACCUUCAAAAUCAUUCCUGAAUGUAUGUGUGUGUGUGUGUGUGUGUGUGUGUGUCUGUGCGUGUGCGUGUGUGCAUGUGCAUGUUUCAGAUGGCAUGUUAACAUCUCUAUGAGAACUGAGUGAUUCAUAUCUUGAUUUUCCUUUCAAUUAUUAGUAUUAUUGAUUAUUAUUUUCAUUUAGAUGAAAUGAUCUGUCAUCACUGUUUAAAAAAUGCUGUCCUGAGUUUUAUGCACUGUUUGAACAGUUUGGGGUUUUUUUUGUUUAUUUUAUUUUAUUUUUUAUUUUUUUUAUCAUGUACCUCUUUCAUUUCUGCUUUAACAACAAGACCUUGUAACAAGACCCUUUAAGGGUCUUGUUACUAAUGAAUGAACAACUGAAGGUUAUUGAUUUUUUUUCUCUACAAAAUGGGUGCAUACAAAUUAAAUGGUUGUAAAAAAAAAAAAAAGU